AUACAAAAUGUUAUAAAAUAUUUACUCGAAUAUUUGGACAGAAACCAACAACGAGAUCAAAUGUGCUAAUUACUAGAAGAGUGAGGAUAAGAACGUGACAAUAAAUAAAAAUUGAAGACUAAUUAUGCAAAUAAAAAGUGGUGCAAUAAAAUGAUAUUUUGACAAAAUAUGAACUCAGUUAUUAAUUAGGAAAUAACACGAGUCAUAGGUUUGCAAAAGUACGAUCAAACAUUCCUAAUUUCCACAGAUACUGCAGCUGUUUUAGAAAACCCUAGAAAUUCCUUCUUGAUUUCCAUCCUUACUAAAGCUUACUGACAUCUUGUAUAUCAUGUAGAAAACUCUAAAAUCUCCUUCUUCAGCCUGUAAUUUAUACGUAUUCUCUUUGAAGUACUUCACUGUCAUAAUUAAAGGGGAAAACAGUGGAUCGAAGGCAUGGCGAAGAGGCCCCUUCCGUUUGAUGAAUCGGAGGAAAAGGAGAGAAUAGAACUGUACCCUAUCUACUCUGCUAGAUCACAACGCGAAACGUCAGCCAUGGUUUCUGCCCUCUCUCAUGUUAUUGGUAACUCAGACAGUAAUCCUGCAGUUCCUACAGUAUAUGGAAAUCUUCCAUUACCACUGCCUGAAUCUUCAAGUGGACAAGAGCAAAACCAACCUCAACCAGCAGUUCAACAAGAAGGGAGACCAAACCUGCAGAGGAGAAGACGGUAUAGAGGUGUCCGGCAGCGGCCUUGGGGUAAGUGGGCGGCCGAAAUCCGGGAUCCAAAGAAGGCUGCAAGAGUCUGGCUUGGAACAUUUGACACUGCAGAGGCUGCCGCUCAUGCUUAUGAUGAAGCAGCACUAAGAUUUAAAGGAAGCAAAGCUAAGAUCAAUUUUCCUGAAAGAGUGCAAGGAAAAACUGAGUGUGGUUACUUAACAACGCGUCAAGAUUUACGAAUUGUUUCUGAGUCAACUACUACUCCAAUCCCUCGGCCGGUAUCUCAAGAAAGUCAUAUCAAUUUCCAGAACUAUGCAGAAUAUCUCCAUAGAGGAGUUAAUAAUAAUUUUUUGAACUAUGGUGCCUCGGGGUUUUAUUAUCGUGGUUGUGGUGGAACAUUUGUUUCACAAUCUUCAUCAAAUACAACAACGAUAUCUCCAGUAUUGCCAACUCAACAACAAAACCAGCAACAAGAGCAAGAGGUUCUGAGAUUUCAAUCACAAUUUGGAACUUCUAGUGCCGAUUCUUUGAAAAAUUGGGAAGAAUUGGAUAGCACCAGUCUUUCAAGAAGAUAGACUUUACGUGCUCUUGUAAGAGGAUCAGAUGAAGAUUCAUGAUCAGACGGAAAAUUUUUGUUUGUUGUAAGUUUUCUUCUAAAGUUUGACGUUUAAGCUUGCAAUUUUUGUCUUGUCUAAAUUAAAAGUUUUCAAGUACUCAACAGAAAACACGGGGGACAUAUAUCAUGACCUAAGUUUGUUUGUGAUCUAAAUAAUUGGAAAUAAUAUUUUUAGUUC